AUGCCGGAGAAAAAAUUGAAAGGAGGUGGUCACAUGGCCAUUAUUGAGAACUGGUACCAUCAGAUUCCUGCCUUUACCGAUGUUUUCACCGAGGAGAGCUUUUACGUGUUUGUGGUGUGCUUCGUACUGUCAACGAUAGCCGUAGUGCUUGUGUUGUCACGAUUUAUUACACUCAAACCGGUUGAUUGAAAUACUAUUUGUAAAGUCAUAAACAGUAAUGGUGAAAUGAGGAGAGAAAUGUAAGCUCUAGGUAAUAAAUAUAUUAAUGAAAGAAGCACACGUAAAAA